AUGAAUGUGUCUGUUGUGACCAACAGAAUCUACAACGCUCAUUGCUUCCCAACCUUUGAUGCUGAAAUCCACAAGUAUCGUUUUGGGUUCUCCGCUUCCAAGGCAAGGACUCUUCGGUCCGUGGAAGCGGUGGAGAACUUGGGUGCAUUCCUGCAUAUGGGAUCGACCUGGGUCUUGCAGAACAGUUCCACUGAAGUCUCGUCCGCCAGUGAUAUGAGUCGGAGUCUUCCUUCCCCCCCCCAUCCACGCCAAUCCUCUUCGAGCUUGGCUGGCGUUCUGCCCCUCGUGAGUCGAUGCACUGGUGACCGUCAGCCACGCUCGCUCCCGUUCCUCUCCUCUCGCUUCCCCACCUGA